AACUGAAAUGGUGCCUCUUAGAAGCUAUUACAAAAUAAUCAAAGUUUGUCAGCAUAUUUAUUCCCAAAUUUGAAGCCUGAAUAUCUGCAAAACUACAUCUGGAUCUCAUCUUUUGGGCCCCUUUUGAUCCUUCGUCAGGCAGAAAUGAAACAAUUAAGGGUGCCCUUAACUGCCCUUAACCCAAUUGAUCGCUUCACCUUUUCAAACCUUGGAAUUCCAACGCAGUCUCUCGCCAAUUGAUUGAGAUACUUACGAGUAGUUGGAUGGUUUUGCAAUAGUGUACUUGCUUUACGAGGAAAAAUUAACGAAAAGAAAAAGGCGUCUUAAGAUGAGCGCAAUUCCAUUGACUGCGGUACUCGUAAUGGUAUUCCUCUUGGAGCUUGCCAAUGGACGAAGUGUUUCACCUGGAAACACCAACACCUCAUCUGGAAAUCAAACCGACAUGAACGUUGGGUGCUCUCCUGCAUUUCAGUUGGCCAACACGACUUCAAUGUGUCAUCGUUUUUACAACCACAGCAUGAGUCUUUGUAACCGUUCCAUAGCACCAGACACGCCGUUGUACGCCAACAUGGCGGAACAAAUAAUCAGAGAGUACAAGCUCAAGUCUAUUCGGAUCAAGCCAGAGUAUUUUAGAAACUCUCUUCCAAACCCUGCAACUCUACUGCGCAAGCGCUGCUUUCAAAUUAUCCAGGAUAUGUAUUGCCAUUAUUAUUUCCCGCGCUGUGAUACGUCGUCAGGUAAUCCUCAGCCCCAGGCCAUUUGCAGAGAGGCGUGCGAAAUUUUAAACUUCAUGUGCAAGCCAGCAUGGCUCCAGCUAAUGCACACCUACCCUGGAGUCACGUGGUACGCACAGGACGAAAUCGGCGAGAGGAUGCACGAACACGAGACGUUGAAGAGCCACACACAGAAGAAUAUCCUUAUGAAGUGUAGCGGCCUUCCACGGAUGGACGGACCGAAAAUACCUGAAUGUUACAUUCCAAAAGACCUUCUCUACAAGACAAUGAUCGAAAUAGGCAAUGGAACAUCCCAAGAUUGUUACUAUGGUAAUGGUUUCGCCUAUAGAGGGAACGUUUCUCGCACCCAUUCAGGCUACGAGUGUCAAUCAUGGUCAGAACAGUGUCCUCACCGCCACCUCAGGACCCCAGAAAAGUACAAAGAACUGAUUGGAGCGGAUAAUGCGUGCCGAAACCCUGGUCACCAGGCCCCUUCAGGACCUUGGUGUUACACGACAAAUCCUCUUGUACGAUGGGAAUAUUGUAACAUCACAAAAUGUCCACAAGCGCAUCUGCAGAACGUCAGUCAAAUGACUAUUAAAGCCAUCAACAAUGUCAUACCUUCCAAAAUCAAGAAUCCCAUGCAACACGGGAUAAAAAAGACGAAUUCCGGGCCGCAUUGAUUAGAAAUUUAUGUAAAUAGUGACUAGCUGUAGAUAAUAUGCGGAGUUCAGUUGGAUAUAUACAGAGAAUGCUAAUUGAUAUACCAGUUUAGUUUGGGCGUAGUGUUUUCCCAAUUCGAUCACGUGUCAUUCUCUAGAGUAUGAUUUCUUCGUUGAACAGUUGUACUUGAGAAAGACACAUGAAUAUGGAUACUAAUCAAACAAAGAAUUGUAUUCUCGAGAGAAUGAAACUUGGUCUGAAAUGGGAAAAUAUAACGCCCAAGCCAAGGUAAAGAGGUACAUACUUUAUUAGUCUUACAAAUUUUAGUCCUGUAUCGAUCAAUCGAGCCUAUCAGUAGCAACCUGAUUUGAACUUCGUAUAAAAGCCAAGGUCAACCCAUCAGAUUUAAGAAAUCUGACCGAUAUGUAGAUAAGCAUAGACUACCCCAAAUGAAUCUGAGAAUAUCAACGGAAAUAAUUAACUGAGUGACCGCAUUUGAAAUGUUGCGCACAUGAAAGCUUUCAUUUGACGAAUAAUUUCAAAUGAAAUUAAAUUAAUAAUAGCAAUAAUUGGUUAAUAAUAAUAAUAAUAAUAAUAAAGUUAUUAUGUCAUUUUACUGCUGGUCAGCAGGAUAAUAAAAGUGUAAUGAAUAUGA